GGCAUUCCUUAUUUUAACACGGCCUAAGCAUGAUAGGUCUCGUUAUUCUAUUUCGUAUGGUUUAGGAAAUGUGGAGGGAAUUGGGUUCAAGGACAAGCUCAGGCAUAUCAUUCUUUGUCAACUUUAAUGAUAGAUCGUUCGAGAGCACAACCAAGAAAAUAUUAGAAUAAAUCGUUAUUGCUCAUUUUAGAUACAGCACCGAAUGAACAAUUUAGCAUUGAAAUCUGCCAUCAUGAUUUCUUCCAAGUUACUUUUCAUUUCUGGGAUAUGGGGUGCGAUAGCGAGCUAUUUAGCAUAUCGGACGGCGUACUCACCAUUUGGAAGCUUGGAAUCUAUGAUAUAUGGUACUCCUGCUUUCACUUCUGCCUGCCUGUCGUUAUUGUCCCUGUGGAUCUUGACACUUCGACCAUCACCCCAUCGCGGUGUUUUGUCGGUCCUGCAUCACCUGUACUUUGCUAGCAUGUCGUACAUAAGAGGAAGGUAUCACCUUCGGGGACUAAAUGAAGGGUGGCAAAAUCCGCGUCGCGCUCAGGAAAGGUUUCUUAGAAGAAUUCUGAAAGAGAAUGGAGAUACCGACUAUGGACGAAAGUUAAAACUUAAGAACAUUACGAGCAUAGAUGAUUUCCGAAAAAGUCAUCCGUUAACGAACUACGAAGACUACAAACCCUACGUCGAGCGUGUUAUGGCUGGGGAGCGUGGCGUCAUGACCCAGGUGAUGCCGAAUGCAUUUAUUCAAACCUCCGGUACGACAGGUCCAUCAAAAUAUUUCCCACAGAGAGACCACAGGCAUAGCUUAAGAAGGAUGUUAGAUAUCACCUAUAGUAAUCUACAUCAUCUUUGUCCACGUCUGGGGCUACUCCAGAAGAAGUUAUUCCACUACGUCCAACCAAUCAUGUCGCGAACUAAAGGUGGUGGGAGUGUCAGGCCUGCUGUUUCAGUUUACGAAGAAGAUGGAUUCACAGAAGCCUUCCACACCACACCGCCUGCAGGUUUUUGCAUUCAAUCCUUCAACCAGGCAAAUUACAUCCAUCUCCUGUUUGGUCUCCUUGAUCAGAAUCUAGGCGCAAUUGGUAGCCUUUUUAUAGGUGGAAUUGACUCGAUGAUGAAGCAGUUGGAGCAAAGUUGGGAGGAAAUCGUCUGUGACAUCGAGUCCGGGACAAUCAAUGAAAAUGUGAAAUUCACCGAUGAUGGCAUCAAAUCAUCACUGGAGCAGGCGCUUGGCAAUGGUCACCCGGAGAGGGCGGGGGAGCUUAGACGCCAGUUCAUGAAAGGAUUUGACAGAAGUAUCAUCAGAAGGGUUUGGCCUAAUCUACAGGUGAUAUUUGCCAUAGAUAGUACUGGAAUCUGGCCGCAAUUCAAAACAAAAUAUGCCGAAGAUAUUCCACUAGUGAACUUCGGAUACGGAAAUUCAGAAGGGAUGUUUCUCGCGCAUUCCCCGUGGUUUCAUGAGGAUAACCGUAGCAUGGUUCCUUUUCCCAACUUGGCGUUCUUCGAAUUCAUCAGACUUAAAGACGCGAAAGAAAGUCAGCCUCGAACUUUUCUCAUCGACGAACUGGAGAUCGGAAAGGAGUACGAGAUCGUCUUUACCCAAGAUAGUGGUCUCUAUAGAUACAGGUUAGGGGAUGUUAUACGGAUAACCGGAUAUCACUACAAGUGCCCUACCUUCGAAUUUAUGUAUCGGAUGGGGUUGAUGCUGAACUUGCGCUAUGAGAAGAUGAACCAGGUUGUUCUCAAGGAGGGCCUUCAAUCGGCUGUUGGGCAGUUCAAUUGCAUUAGACUAGUCGAUUACGCAGUGGCUGAAAGCACAAUCAUUCCUGCUUCAUCCUCAGCCUUCGAAGGGAGUGAAGACAUGCCGUAUUAUGUGAUGUUCUUAGAACUACGCCAGGAAGAACACAUUGAAAAUAAAGAGAGCAAGUUUGUGGAUGCUGAUCAGAUCAAAACUCCGAUCGACAAUGAGCUGCGGGCACGGAACAGCGACUACCAUCGGCUUAGAAGAGAAGGGUCAAUUUCACACCCUCGUGUUCAUCUCAUGAAGCAUGGCACAUUUGAUGAUUUGAAGCAAUACGUGGUGACAACUACCAACACGACUGCGAACCAGUACAAAGUGCCUCGGAGAAUCCGCACUCUUGAUACUCUCAACUUCAUGUAUGAUCAUGUUUGUUAGAAGGUACCACGACAUUUGCUCCUGCAACAUUAAUUUUGAUCGGGUCUUGAUAUCUCAGAGGGCAUAGGUUAGGAUUUUUGGUUCAGAUUAAUGUUAAGAUAAGGAUUACAUGUAGGGUUUAUUUAGUUUUAAAGGUCAGGUUUCAUGUUUGGCUUAAUGUGCAAAUUUUCCUUCAGAGCAACGGUCUCCGGAUCAAAUGUCAUGGAGCCCGUCAUAGGCCUACCAAAAGGUACUAUUAUCAUGUCACACACUUGAUCUUCAUGCAUACUUCACAUAUGUUAAUUGAUCCAGAAAUAUGAACACUUUUUUCAAAGUUUACAUUCUAAAAAAAAUUGGGUAUAAGUGCUCCAUGAGAAUCAUGUGUCCAACCGACACUGGGCAUUUCUUUUGGGCAUUUUUAUUCAUCCAGUGUGAUGAACAUUUUGACCAUUCUAGAGUAAUUGCUGCUUAUUUUAAACCUUACUGGACGAUAUGCUUCCCGCAUUGGGUGAGGUAAAAUACUGCCCUAAAUUGGUUGGACUCAUAAUUACCCUCGUGGUGGUAAAAACUCUACCUAAUAUUUUUCACAGUGUAAUAGCGGGCUACACUUGCUAUAAUUUUUUUUAAAGAAUGGUUACAAAUACAUCAGGUAAUACAAUGCAGCUUAGCCAAUCAAACAGCAGUUAAGAUUCGUGAUUUCUGAUCAUGCAAUGAAAAGGCAACUAUUGUGGAGGCGCCGCACAGUGGGCCGGGGCGAAACAAAAGUGCGCCAAAAGUAAUUUUUGGCAAUUUCAGAUUUUUAAUUUCUGUCAUGCCCAGUUGAAAGACAACACUUUGAAGAAUACUUCAGCAAAAUAUUUCAUUCGGGAAUUUGCAUAAAGGUUGUAAAUUUCCUACCUCAAAUCGUAAAAUGUGACAAUUAGCGAAAUGCUGCGUAUAUGACAACUUAGUUGAAAAACAGGCCAUUUCACAGGAGGUUUUCAUGUAGGAAUCUAAAAUGGCUCCCACAUAAUCCUGAUAUAUUCUGUUUUCGUGUGAUAGGGUUCAAAGUAGAUAAAAGACACCUUUCAGGAGGUUUAUAGGAUAAUCAUUCCUCGAAAUAGGCUGAUAAUCCAUGUUUUUUGCAUUUACAUAAGUAACGUUUGGAUUUCCGUGGAUUUCCGUCUAAAUUCUAUCAGCAUCAUUUCCCCGAUGUCUAAGCUUUAAGUCGAAACCAAAUUUAGCUGCCCGUUUUCAUGUUAGAGCCGAUUUUACUUGACACAUCACCCCAAAACAAUCAUUUUUAUACCGCGCAGUCAUCGCAGCGCACCGUGUGGGGUGUACAUUCCCAGGUAACAAUACAGCGUUGGACCAACGUUGGAUCAACGUUGGGAAUUUUUUUCCCAACGUUGCCUCAACGUUGGCAGGCCAACGUUGCAUCAUCGAUAGAAGUGCACGCGCAUACAUCGUCAGACCAACAACAUUUCCAACGUUAGUUCAACGUUGUCCAGCAACAAUGUUUCAACGUUGUCUGGCAACGUUGAUCCAAUGUUGGCUAAAUAGUCAAAUACAACAUUGCUACAACGUUGGUAAGCAACGUUGUAUCAUCGAUAGAAGUGCACGUCCAUACAUCGUCAGACCAACAACAUUUCCAACGUCAGUUCAACGUUGUCCACCAUCAAUGCUCCAACGUUGGUAUAAUGUCGGCUGAGUCAUCAAUAACAGCGUUGCUGCAACGUUGAUGGGCAACGUUGAAGCAGCGAUGGACGUGCACUUGCAUACAUCGUCAGUCCAACUAUGUUUACAGCGUUGGUUCAACGCUGUCCAGCAACAAUGCUCCAACGUUGUCUGGCAACAUUGUUACAACGUUGUCACAACGUUGCUCCAACGUUAUUCCAACGUAUGGCAGUAAUUAACAAAACAUUAAUUGGUUUCAAGGUGAAGUCCACCAUUACAACUCUACACUCAAAUCUUUAUCAUCAUAUGUCUUAUCCUAUCCUAAAAUCCUACAUCCUAAUCCUAUAUCCUAUUCCUAUCAUCCUACACCUAUCCACUGUAACCUGUCAUUGACUCCUAUAUAUAGAGCAACUUUGCUAUACUUGGCAGAAUACAGUUAAUAUCAUUUUCCACACUUAACCUUGAAUAUUUCACUUAGAAUAAUAUGUUUUGAUUAUAUAUGAUAUGGUAAUGGAGCCACAUACUUUUCUGAAACUUUUCAUGGUGGAAAUAUUGAAUAAACAUAAAUACUCUAAUUAUUAUAGCAAUAUUACCUAAAAUUUUGGUCAUUUACUGAUGUAAUGAAUAUUCAUGAGUGCAUAAUCAUUGACCAGAUGAGGCAGGUAUGGCAGCGUUGGUCCAAUGUUGGUCCAACGUUGGGUGACGUUGAUCCAACGUUGGUAUAAUGUUGGUCCAAUGUUGAUGGAAAGUUGAUUCAACUUUAGUCCAAUGUUAGUCCAACGUUGGCGUAAACGUUGAUUCAAUGUUUGUCUAAUAUCGGUUAAAUGUUGUUGUAACGUUGAUUCUUUGUUGGUCUAAUUCUAAACAAAUCCAACGAUGCGCCAUCUCCAUCAAACAGUUUUCAACACUGUGCCAUCAUCAUCUGUAAUCUGUUCAUGAUUCUAUCAAAAAACAUUACAACUAUUAUUACAGCUAUUCAUUUCUUUUCAUUCUUUCUGUUACAAGUCUCUUCACAUAAUUAAGAGAAAUCAAGAUAAUUAUGUGUGAUAUUUAUUGAGGCCUUUGUAGCAUUCAAACUUUUUUGACAUCCUCUUUUUCUCAAACAAGACUAAUACCAAAAAAACAUAUGCAUAUGUAAUAAAAAUUAAGAUGUAUUAC